GAUUAGUACAAGCCCCAGCCCAUCCCAACCAAUAACCAAGCCUACACUUUUUUCUAUCUUUUUUUGACCUACUAACAUUUUUUUGCAUCUUUCUAAAGCUUGCACCCUGUGAUCGAGUCUUCUAUGGAUAUUUCAGCUACCUCUACAAUGUUGUGUGAUAUGGAUGGUUUUGUGUGUGGUGUCCUCUUUCCUCUUGCACAACAAGCCAGCAUGACCAGGGAUUAAUUAUUCAAGGACUGCCAACUAAAAAGGGAGUCAUCUGAUAGCUGGGACUUAUCACACGCUGGUGUCAGGUGAAACGGUGCACUUUGUUGUGUGUUGAGUUUUUUGUGCUUGAUAUAUGCUUCAUUUCAGUUCAAUCUUUGAUGCUGCAUGUGAAGAAUUGAACUUUGAAUACUGCCAAGAGCUUUUUGUCAAAUUUACUUUUAUAUCUGUCUUUUGUUUUGUUUUGUUUUUUUGUCAUUUCUUUUUUUGCCAAUGCUCGUCCCGAACAAACAAUUUGGCCUUGGACGUUCCCAUAGUUGGGAUACAUUAGGAGGGAAUGAAAGUCAGUGGGAGAGACAGUGUGACGCUGUAUAUGAUCAGCAAGCAAGAGUAGGAGGCCGACGGAACUCCCUGUCAUACGGGGAGGGAGGAGGGUGGUACGAGGCUGCACAGGGCGUGUGUCCCCCUGACCUGGAUUUGAAACGAGCUUCAUAUCCCAACCAGGACUCUUCCUACGGACAGGUUUACGCAGAGCGGCACGACCCACGCGGACUCAGAAAAAGCUCUGUGCCAGACAUAAACCACUACGAACGGGUACUAAUGGCUCACCGGGGAUCAAUUCCACACCAAGAUUAUUACUCUCAUGAUCCAGCCAUGACUCCUCGGCCAUCUGAGGGGCUCUACAGAUCAGAGCACCAGCCUCCGCCACCUCAGCCUCAUCAACUUACUAGAUCAGGCUCCCAGUUUGGAGUUGCUCCUGGGGCUCGUGGUGUUUGGGAUCAAGGUCAGCCUGGCAGAACUGGACCCCGAGGCCCUUCAUCACCUGUGCCACCGCCACCACCUCCCACAGCCUUUGAGUUAAGUCGGACUUAUAGAGAACCUGGAGGUAUAACUAUUGCCAAAACUAUGCAAGACAGCCAACAGCGUGUACCCUCCAGGGAUCCACCACCUGCUCAUUAUGGUAUGGAUCAUCCAUCUCCUCGGUAUGCCAGUGAGCCUCCCCUUCCGACUGGGCAGUCCGUCUACACGGAUGCUGAUGGGCGCCCUCUAGAUCCACAGCAGCAAGUUGCCACCUGUCUUGUUGUAGAUCCAGCUACUCAGGGUAUGAUUAGGCAAGAGACUGCAUCACCUUACACCUUCCAACAGCAGCAGCAGAUGCAACAACAACAACAACUGCAGCAGCAACAACUGCAACAGCAACAGUUACAACAGCAACAACUCCAUCAGCAACAGUUGCAACAGCAACAACUCCAACAGCAACAUUUACAACAGCAGCAACUUCAGCAGCAACAGUUGCAACAACAACUUCAACUUCAACAGCAACUUCAACAGCAGCAACCACUACAACAGCAACCAGUUCAACAACAUUUACAACAACAACCAUUUCAACAGCAACAGCUGCAUCAGGACCAGAUGCAGCAGCAUCCUCAACAGCCACUUCCACCUUCACCAGCCAUACCACUGUCUGAUCCUAACCUUGCUCUAUCCUCUCCACAUCCAGCUUCACCUGCUCAAAUCCAAACUGCAGCAGUUGUUUCAGCAGUACAUGCACCUGUUCAGGCUGCCCCUACUCCUGCUCCUCCUCCUUCAGCUUCCCCACUUCCUGCGCCACCUUCUUUGCCUGCCACGUCGGUUCCGCAGACACCUUUACCUGUGGACCCCAAAAAGACAGUGGAUCCAGAAUUCCUUUCUUUGUUGCGAAAUGAAGGUCUAUCAGAGAGCACUAUUUCUUCCCUCAUUCAGCAGGGCUUUGACUCUAGUAGUUUGUUGGCUGUAAUGGAGGAAAAUGAUGUCCGGACUGUCGCCCCUAACCUUGGGCAGGCUCGUGUACUGUCUCGAUUGGUUCAUAACUGUAAGAGACCCAUUGAAGCUACACCGGCCCCCUCGCGGCCUCAGACACCAAUGCGAGGUCGCUCUAAUAGCUUUAGCCAUCGCCCAGACAUAUACCAGCAACAACAUCAUCACCAUCCACCACACCUUUCUCAGGCUAUGGCUAUGGAUCCUCAGUUAAUGCCCCCACCAACCCCUGGGGUCAUGCAAACCAUUUCCCCAAGGACAGGAGAAAUUGUAAAUCGUAGGCCAAGCAGUGCACCCUCUCAAAACCUACUUGAAACCACAGGGGCCUAUCCAGGCCAACCACCACGUUCUCCUGGGCCAUACACUGGAGCCCUUAUGCCUGUCCAGUCAAGACCAAUGUCUGCGUAUUCUGCUGGGGUAACAGUGCCGGGGAUGCCUACGCAGGGUAUGCAGAUAAUUCCGCAGCAGAUGACAGGGUCGAUGCCUGCUCUACCAGGAUCCAUUCUUUCUAUGUCAGGUAUGCCACAGCACAUGCCUGUAUCAUUGCCAGCAUUACAGCAGCCUCCCCAACAAGUACCAAAGGCAUAUUCUACAAAUUAUACAGUCCCUAUGGAGCUGAUGAAGAGGGACAGAAAUUUACAGCCAUUAUCACCCAUGCAUAGCCCUCACCCAAGCCCUCAGCUGAUGCGUAAAGGUGGGGGUUCUGCAGUGGACAAUGCACUGGUCCCUAUGGGAGCUCCUCUUCAAGGCCAAAGUGUGCUGACUGCUAAUCAGAAGUUAAGCCGACGCACGGGUCCUCCUGUCAUUGUGUCCACCAUGGCAUCUCCAGACACAAGUAUCCGUCCCCAGAUUAUGAAUGGGCCUAUGCACCCACGCCCCCUGGUGGCACUGCUGGAUGGGCGCGACUGCACCGUGGAGAUGCCCAUCCUCAAAGACCUGGCCACUGUGGCUUUCUGUGAUGCCCAGUCCACACAGGAGAUACAUGAAAAGGUGCUGAACGAGGCGGUGGGGGCCAUGAUGUACCACACCAUCACCUUGACUAGAGAAGACCUGGAGAAGUUCAAGGCACUGCGCAUCAUCAUACGUAUAGGCAGCGGCCAUGACAAUAUCGACAUUAAGGCUGCCGGCGAGCUGGGCAUUGCAGUGUGUAACAUUCCCUCCGCGGCUGUAGAAGAGACGGCGGACUCAACGCUUUGUCACAUCCUUAAUCUUUACCGGCGAAACGCCUGGCUGUACCAGGCUCUCCGGGAGGGCACGCGGGUCCAAAGUGUAGAGCAGAUCCGGGAGGUGGCGUCCGGAGCGGCCAGGAUCCGAGGCGAGACGCUUGGCCUCAUCGGAUUUGGGCGUACUGGCCAGGCAGUGGCCAUGCGGGCCAAGGCGUUCGGCUUCAACGUGAUCUUCUACGACCCUUACCUGCAGGACGGCUUGGAGCGUUCGCUUGGUGUCCAGCGGGUCUACACCCUGCAGGAUCUUUUGUACCAGAGCGACUGCGUGUCCCUGCACUGCAAUCUGAACGAACACAACCACCACCUCAUCAACGACUUCACCAUCAAACAGAUGCGCCAAGGUGCUUUCCUCGUCAACACGGCCCGGGGAGGACUGGUGGAUGAGAAAGCUCUGGCUCAGGCCCUGAAAGAAGGCAGGAUACGCGGUGCCGCAAUGGAUGUCCACGAGUCGGAGCCUUUCAGUUUUUCCCAGGGCCCUCUCAAAGACGCCCCCAACUUGAUCUGCACCCCCCACACCGCCUGGUACAGCGAGCAGGCGUCGCUGGAGAUGAGGGAGGCCGCCGCCACGGAAAUUCGCAGAGCCAUCACCGGCCGCAUCCCAGACAGCCUGCGAAACUGUGUCAAUAAAGAGUUCUUCGUGACCACGGCGCCAUGGGGAAUGAUGGAGCAACAGCAGCCUCAGGUUCACCCUGAGAUCAACGGCGCUGCCUACAGGUUUCCUCCUGGCAUGAUGGGGGUUGCACCGGGUGGGAUAAUCGGACCAAUGGAAGGAUUGGUGCCUGGGGGGCUGCCCAUCGCACACACCCUCCCCCCGGGCACCCAUCCGUCACAGGCAGCCUCCCCGCACCAACCCUCCAAACACGGCGACCCCAUGAGAGAGCACAUGACUGAGCCGUAACGAGGCAGCCGAAGGAGUCGAUGUGGGUCAUGAACGCAGUGUAAAAUCAAAGGAUCCGACCGAGUCGACCCGUCAAAACUAAAGCUUGACUUUACAGCCGUCUGGACCUACCAGCAAACUGCCUGCCGGGCGAUGUGUUACACACUCUGUUUUUAUAUGGAAGCAUUAAACCCAAGCGAGGACAGUGGAUAACGGUGCACGCCUGAGCUGCCACACCCAGAUGGGACUGAGCUGUCAAAAUCCUGCACAGAAGAUCCCAAAUCUCUCCCUGUUUCAGUUCUCAUUUUACUCCUCACUGAACUAAGGGAAGGUUUUCUUUACUAUUCCAUAUAUUCAUCGGAUUCAUCCGACUUCUGCCUCUUGUUAGCAGGAGCUAAAGGCUCCCCAUCAUCCCUGGUUUAAAAGACGACCCUGUCAAGCCUGAUCUUUCCAUUUAGUUUCCCCCUCAUGUCUGCACAAACGUGUCUGGUGUUAGUUUUAUUUUUUGUUUGUUUUUUUUUACUCAAUUUGAUUUUUUGUCUGUGCUUCUGUUGAAAACCGGUAUCUGUUUUUUCUCUGUUAUUCAGUGUGUGGAAAUGAAAGGGUUUACCAUCAGACAAGAAGGAUCUGGAGUCUCUUAGAUCCGAGCUCUUUAUUUUUGCCCGUUUCUGUCUGAUAGGUGGUGCCCCCAGAAUGUAAAGACAAAAUAGGAGAAAGAUGAUCUGUAAGGGUAAGAAUAACCCUUUUAAACCAAAAAUUUUAAAAAAAAUUGGGGAAAAUUAAUUAAAUUGAGCACUAAUAUUUAAGGUCCCUCUGAUAUCUGCUUGUUAUGAACAAAAUAUGAUCUGUUUGCAUCCAAAGGACCUGAUUUGCAUGGCAGCGACGCACUUGUGAGAUAUGAAUAUGUCGGGGUGGGAGGGGAAUAGAAAAAGGAAAUGACUUACUCAGGAAAAACUAAAACAUUAAAUCUGAACAGAACAGGAAGAAACUCUGGAUUACUGCAUUUCCUUUCCCAUUGUGGUAUUUUUUUUAUAAAUCAAACGUACCUGUUUUGUUUUUUUUUUUAUGUUGAAGGUUGUCACUCUUGUUAGAUUUGUAUUGCCUUGUUAAAUGUUCAUAUAAGUGUAGUCUGACGUGGCUGACCCCGCCCUCGCCUGCCCCUCUUAUAGUUAUGUUUUCCCUGCUGUGACGAGAGCCAGAUGGGGUUUCCAGAGGCUCUGUGAACAAACAGCGGCCACAUCCAUCCAUCUAUCCCUUCAAAACCAAGACUUUAGCAAGACGUGGCUGCUAGCAGAUUGUUUGGUUUUUAGUGUGAGUAUUUGUAUUUGUUUCUUGUAUAAGGUGAACAUAUAGCAUACAGUGCAGCUGGAACCAAUAAAUGAAACUUACUGUUCUGAUUCAU